CAGGGCGACAUGUCGAUUGUCGAGCGGAAGUUUUGGGGGAGGGGUUUGUGUCAACAGGAAGUGAAGACCGCGUCUUUGGAGGGGAUCUGCGUAUUCAUAUUUUCUCCCAGCGUUUUUUUUUUAAACACCCCCGAAGCACGUCCAUAUUGAUAAUGUGAAAGCGAAACGGAUAUCAAAUAACUAAAAGAACAAUUGGCUCAAUGUAAACAUUUGAGUCUUCCGGACAUAAAGAGACCGACCCCCCACCCGUGAAGAAAGAGUUCAAAGUUCACAGGAAGCUGGGGGGCUGCCAUUUUUAGCUUGCUGCGAGGCUAGCAUCUGAACGUAAAGGAGCGGGGGGGUUGUUGCUAGCUAAGCGUUAACUGUUAACUAACCGACGGCUCGCCUCGGCUAGCUACCGUCCUUUCUUCCACCGUGGCCGCUCACGACCUUUCGCCGGUGGAUGAAUUCGGCAUGGAGAAAGUAGCGGAGCCAUCUUGGACUUCUUCGUACACCUACCAGGUGAGCAAGCACAGCGCCGAGAUGCUACACAACCUCAACGUCCAGAGGAAAGAUGGAGGCAGGUUCUGCGACGUGAUCCUGCGCGUCGGCGAGGAGAGCUUCCCCGCUCACAAGGCGGUGCUGGCGGCGUGCAGCGAGUACUUCGAGUCGGUCUUCAGCGGUGGGGGGGAAGCCAGGGAGCUGGAGAUGCACACCAUCAGCCCGAAAGUUUUCAAAGACAUCUUGGACUUCGCGUACACGUCGAGGAUUGUGGUGCGGCUGGAGAGCUUCCCCGAACUGAUGACAGCUGCCAAGUUUCUGUUGAUGCGAUCCGUCAUCGAGAUCUGCCAGGAGGUCAUCAAACAAUCUAAUGUGCAAAUCCUCGUCCCGGCCUCACGGGGAGGAAACGCCAGCCUCUUCCAGGCCGUUGGAUCCACGGAGCUGGGCUUCACGGUGGCCCAGCAGGAGGACUUGGUGAACGGGCUGCAGGUGAAUGGGCAGAGCUUCGCUAACAAUGGACAUGUGGAUGGGAGUGGACUCCUGGGGGACGCCGCUGAUGGAUCGAUGCACAUCCUCCAGCAAGUGGAAGGUUUACCGGUUGUAACAACGGGUAGCUCCUUUCAUCACGGCACCAAGCGGGGAAGGGGGAGACCGAAGAAGGCAGGCGGGUCAGAAGAGCCCGUCGCCUUCCACCACAACACGCAGAAAGACAUUGUCCUCUUCCCGUGCGGGGCUUGCGGUAAAGCUUUCACCGAAGCCUCCCGUCUGAAGAACCACGAAGCCCAACACGGAGCCAACAUCGGUGGACGCUCCGGUAACAUAGGGAUGAUGGGCCAGGAGAACGGGGAACAUUUCCCCGGGGACCUGACGCUGGACAACGGCCGCAAGAGGGAGAGGACGCGGCGGCACGUCGGCUGCGACAUUUGCGGUAAAGUUUUCCGCGACGUUUACCACCUUAACCGACAUAAGCUGUCCCACUCCGGGGAGAAGCCCUAUGCGUGUCACGUGUGUGGACUGCGUUUCAAACGCAAAGACAGGAUGUCGUAUCAUGUGCGCUCCCACGACGGCUCGGUGGGAAAACCGUACGUGUGUCAAAGUUGCGGCAAAGGCUUUUCCAGACCAGACCACCUGAACGGGCAUAUCAAGCAAGUCCACACAACAGAGAGACCCCACAAGUGCCAGAUUUGUAAUGCCUCUUUUGCAACAAGAGAUCGCCUCAGGUCACACCUCGCAUGUCACGAGGACAAAAUUCCCUGCAAAGUUUGCGGCAAGUUCCUCCGAGCAGCCUACAUGACGGACCACCUCAAGAAACACAGCGAAGGGACGCACAACUACUGCGGCAUUUGCAACAAAGGUUUCUCCACUGCCUCCUACCUUAAGGUGCAUACAAAGACUCAUCAUGGCUCUCCACUGCCCCCCUCAGCCACAUUGCACACCUUCCCCCAGCCAAGCGGGGAACUACAGAUGCACAACGGCGCCCCUUACCACAUGGGACGCCAGUGCUCAGUGGAAGACGCCAGUCGACAGCUGGUACUCUCCUCACCCGAGACAGGGGCUCGCUAUCACGGACCUCCAAUCCUCCCCCAGCCAUCAUGCCCUCCAGCAUUGGGCCAGCAGCCCGAGCUGCUAGUAGGGAAGCCAGGCGGGGCUCCGUAUUUCUGGGAGUGUCGCUCUGGUGGGGUGCCCGCUUUCCCCGUCCACGGGCCUGCUGCAGAUGGGCAGGAAAAUGCUGACAAGUGUCCUCAUCUGGAUUCCGAAGAAUCGGAUCCUUCAUUUGGGGAACUGUCCAACGGUGAAGAACUGAAAUCUCCACACAAAACGGACAGGCCGGAGCUGGACGUGCCGUCGCUGGCCUGCAACAGAGUCUCUGAGGGGGGCCUCGGUUCCCCGGAGGGUCCCAAAACCAAGACGGACCCCGAGAAGAAAUUCACCUGCGCCAUCUGCGACCAGGCCUUCCGCACCCGGUCCUACCUCAAGAAACACCAGCACAGAGUACACAAAACCCCCAGGGCUCAGGCGGGCUCGGGGUCCAGUUUAAGCGAGCUGACCCCCUUCUCUCCUCAGCAGAGCAUGUCUCUGCUGGAGUCCUUCGGCUUCCAGAUAGUCCAGUCGGCUUUUGCGUCGUCGCUGGUGGACGCAGAGGCCGGUCAAAGCGGAGUGGACUUUGGAGGGAAGUGAUGUGCUCGGUCCGCCAUGUUCCGUACAAAGCCAGGUCGCUCCGUCUUUGCCUCAAGACUACUUCUCUUGCUCAAUGUGUGUAUUUUUGUCAGACUGCCAUAUGAUUCCUACUUUUUCUACAUUUUGGAAAGUGCAUAUACGCUGUUGUAAUUAUCUUUAUAAAGGAAGAAAAAUAUACGGAGCAUAGGAUGAGACAUGAGUUGUUUUUGUUCUUGUUUAACGGCUUUCACAUGUUUCUCUACAUGUGACGAAUCAACGGAUGCAUCCGAGUACUGUUGCGUUAUCGUCUUAGCCUUCAGAACAAUGGGCGGGGUUUGAUUGUUUAUUUAUAAUGCUCUUUCACCGACAAGACUCUUUCAAUGUGUCCAAUGCAAGCAAACACAAAACUUAGCAUGUUUCCCCUUUUGCCUGAGUCACAAAAGAGCAAGCAACCGACAGAAGACGAAAGUUAAAGGCACUUUUUUUUUCUUUUUCUUUGACUUUUCAAGCACAUUCUCCAGACAUGCUUGUCAGAAUCAUUGCUGUUCCCAAAAUGACGACAAUGUUCCCCGUUCUUUGUGCUCCAUCCAUGCGUGUUCCUUUAUCGAGGACCAAGGUCAGCUAAAUGAUCAGUAUAUAUAUUUUAUGAAAUGUAGAUUCUAUUUUAUUAACUUAUUUAUGCCCCUGCUUUUGGGGUGCACUUUUUUUUUGUUUCUUUGUGUCGUAUGUCAAGUUUUUGUCAAGUUUGAAGCUCUUGUUCUAAGUUAUGUUGGAUGGGAUGUGAGUGUGCGCGCGUUGUUUGCGCCCCUUUCACACAGAAAUACCGCAAAAUCAGCCCUGUAACAGUUGAUCCGGCAUUUAUUCACCCGUGCCUUUUUAUACAGAACAAGCAAGUUUGACAGAAACUGUGCUGAAACAGCACUAAGUGGACUGGGCGGUUGGUGGUAACAGAGGUGGGAUGGCGCCACAAAGUCAAUGUCCCGCUUUGCCAGGUUCUAUCAGAUCUGCUGUGAUGGCUGAUUGGCGACACGUCUGCAUGAAAGGGGCGGUAAUGGCAGCCGCUAAGAAAAUGUGACCCAAAGGACCAAUCAUAGACACGAGUUAGUCAUCGGCGUGACAUAAAAUGAGCGUUCUGUACUGCAUCGUUUCACGGAACCUCGCAGUAUAUGAUUGUGGAAGUAUUUGUCGACAAAACCUGACGUCCUGUCUAGUUAGGAAGGAUGACAAAAGGUUCCUGAUGCAACGCCGAAGUGUGCGAGUGUGUGUAUGUGUGCGAUGUUGCUCUUGUUUUGAUUGGAGUUUCUAUAUUAUUUAUGCUUCUAUAGUGUAUUGUAUCAAAUGUAUAUACCAUCUUAUAAAUAUAUCUAAAUAUUGAAGCAGUGUGUCACUGGUGGACGUGUACAUAAACAUAUUUUGUUGCUUUUGUCUGUUGUGUUAGACGCUUCUUAAGUUAUCUUUUUGUUUUUUGUGACUCCGUUAAGGCUAGUGUUGUUAUUUGGGCGGGGGGGGCAAAGUGAAAGAUGCUUCACUCCCAUUGGUACUCAAAUGUAAAAGAUGCAUUUUUUAUUCUUUGGCUUUCUGCUUUUGGUCUGUUGCAAAGUGCCUUCCAAAUACUGACUGUGCACAGCAGUGGACUCAAACGUCAUCUUUUGGGAGAAUUGUACCGUGACAUUCCUUUUUUUUUUUAUUAUUUAAAUUUUACAGAAUACAUAUAGAGAAAAUGUACACAGACAUACACACAAAGCUUUUAAAAUAUGUUUUGUUCUUUGGACAUAUUUCAGUAUAAGCAUACUUUUCUACAGUAUAGAUCUUUGUUUUUGUACUCUGUUACUCGGUCUCUCUUGUUGCCGCGGAGAUGACAAGCCAAUAAAAUGAAAUGGGAAUAGACAUCUGGCUUUUUGUUUUGAACUUCUAUUUAAAACACUGAACUUUUUUUAGUUUGACACAUUUGGUGCGGUCUUUUUUUCAUUAUUUUACACACCUUAUGCCUGAA